AUGAGCAAAACGAUAGAUGAGAUCGCCCAAGCGAUGAAGGGUCGAACGACAGAGGAAAUCGCGGCUGAGAAUCCAGAGCUGGCGCCUCAGGGCGGGGCGCACGGUGAUUCUUUGUUCUAUCCAUCCGAGGGCGGCGUGAUUGUAUUAGCCGGCAACACUGCAGCAGCGCAUUCAGAGAAACUAAGAUGGUUCGAUUUCGAUGACCCUGGACGCGGGAAGCUGAUGCUGGAGCUUGGCGGGAAAAAGUAUGAUACGGUGGCAGAGUACGAUCCGACCAUCAAUGAAAAUGGAUCAACCAGGAUGUAG